UAUGGGACACCAGUGAAAUGCAAACAAACCGGAUGACACGAGAAACUUGUGUUAUUUCAAUCGAUUGGGUGUCGCCCGGGCCUUAAUACCCAGACACGUUUCAUGGAACGACCACUCGAAGCAAGGGAAACGGACCAACAAACAUCCAGAAUCGCACAUACUUGUUUUUGUACAUCGAACGUUCGGUGUAGGCCUACGUUUACAGCAGUGUAAAAUGUUGUGAGAACCUUAGUGUCAAGUGAAAACUUCACUUCCGAAUCAACUUUGGCUUCAACAGUUGACAGCGAAACUUUGAUAGCAAGCCAGUUUGUGGUUUAUCCAUGAUGACUGCAUCAUCCAGUAAUGAGGAAGACGUGAUGGAGGCAGAGUCUCCCAGUCGUGACCUGCCCCCUGACAGCAUCCAGGAGGCAAUUUCAAAGCAAUGGCUGGACAGUCUCGAAGAAACUAAACCCACACCUUUACCUAUGGAAACAUCGACACGAUUGGAGACGGGGAUUUUUCUCCAUCAGUUAACCAACAGCGUGAACCGAGCACUCCAUAAGCAGAACUGCACCUGCAACGGCAAGACGUACACAGCGGACGAGUUACGCUCGAUCAGCAACCCUGCAAUGUUUGCUCCUCCUUCCACCGUGCCGACAGGAAAACCCGACCAAGGUAUAUUAUCACUUCCCCCGAUCGAAGAUGCUGUCAAGAGCACAGCCAAAGACAUCCUAGCUGCUAAUAAUUCCCCUUUGAAGGUUUACCUUGAUCGAGAGAGUGGAAAGAAACUUGGACCGUUCGCGAAACGGGGAACGCCGGGAGCAAAACCGUUGGGUGGGGCGUUUGUCACGGAGAAGGAAAAAGAGGAGUUGAAACUUCCAAACAUCAUAGACGUCAUGGAUGUCAAUGGAAACAACUGGAAGAUUGUACAGGAUGUUUCCAAGCAACGUCAGUCCAGAGCUGCACGUUAUGAUACGAAGCUUUUCGACGGGCAGAGUGCUAACAUGCAGGACUGUCGCUCACCUCCCAAGACACCGUCAGUUAAUUCCAGGAUUGGAGCUGUGCGUGAAGGACAGCAAAGUCUUGGAGGAAGAGCAACUGAUGAUGCGAUAUAUGCUGUGACACGUUCCAAUUCACCCAGAGAUCUUGAUGUUUACAACGCUCAGGGUUCUGAGGCAGGUUUACACGAAACCGCUAUGUCAAGUCCAUCGCUGGAAGCGUUUACGCGUAGUGAAGAGAGGACUAAAGAAACAACGGAUCAUCUACCAGAACUCGCCCCAACUUGUACUUUGGUACAGAUAAACCAAUCACCGCGCCUUAAUGUUGACUCAGUUCAAACCUCUUAUGACGAGGCUGAGCGAAGGUCACUGCUGCUGCAACUUAACUCGGCGGUACGAACCGGUAAAAUCCCAUACUCCGAGUUCCUGAAACGAGUCUCAAGCCUCGCUCCAAGUUUUAGAAUGGAGAAUGGUCGAGAUAAACGUGCACGAACGUCGAGCAUGGAGCAAGCCAUUCCUGACAGAUCUAAGAGGCAGGAUACCAGACACACAAGUGACCAAUCAUCGGGGACUCAUGAGCCAAAUAGUGCCAACUGCGAAGCAACUAUGGCCAACACGCUCGCGAGCUCUAGCUACACCGGCAUUUACGCGAAAGAACCCCACGCAAUUUUCCCGCCAGAAUUGCAGAACUUGUACGCUAGAGGUGGACUAUUAAAAGUACGAACCCUUAAGAUUGAUGUAGGCGAUUCAUUACCAGACAAUUUUCUCACACAGGACCGAGAGGAACUCCGAGUCCUGUAUCCCAUGUAUGGCUCAAGAGUGGAUCAGGAAAGGGAUAACAUGAUUGCUAGAAUGAACUCACUUCAGUCAAAAGUAGGAAAAGCUCAUGGAAAUUCUCCGAGACAGAACAAGACCAGCCUGUCAAAUGAUAUGCGCACGCUUCUCUUUCCGUCCAAUGAUGUGCCCGCGUCAGCCAGCCCAGAUGAUUUCAAGUUAAAGUUCAAGGUACGAAAAGGCACAGACGGGCGGAACCGAGAGGGGAGAAUGUACUCUCUUCAGGGGAGGCAGUCGAUAUCUAGAGAAGGUGAAAUUCUAGACUUACCUCCGGAGAGUUACGUGAGACGCAUCAGUGGCACGGAGAGUAGAGAAAGUUUCUGUCCAUCGCGGAGUUUCCCCAGACAGCCUCCGACGACGCCAGCGGACGAUCGGUACCGUAUGAUACAAAGUCAGGACGGUGGAAUAGAGCCGAUCGCCAGGUCGAUUUCCAACGUGAUACCCGAAAACCAAGAUGCGGACAAGAAGCAAGAAAGUGAUAAAAACUAUCAAGAUAAUUCCGCGUCGAAAACUCUCCGUGUUAUACCAGAAGAUCCCUUGGACGCUGUCUCUCACGCGAACACUUACGGUACCGAGUUACACCCCAAAAGACUCCUUGAUACGUUCGGGGAAACUCUUGGCAAAGAGGAGACGAUGAAUAAAGAAUACGUACAUGUUGUGGUUCCAACGAACAGGAGGAUGAGCGGUAAAGGAAGACGUGUGUCUUGGCUACAGGGUGGGGACGGGGAUGACGCUACAGAGUUUACAAAAUCACGUGAAACAUUGCAGUCCAUACGAACCUACGAAAAACCGUCGACACCAGAUCGUCUGCAGAUGGCAUAUACCAUCAGUGACGUAUCAGAGCGAAACUCCGAGCGUGGCGAUGAACUCAGACCGGCCGUGAAAGUCUUACAGAUUGAUAAUAGUAGCAUAGGAACCUUUGAGUCGCUAGCAAGAAGGAGGCCACUUUAUGUGCCUCUUGAUGUACACGGACAGUCAGAUGAGAACACAUAUGCUGCUGGUGAGGGAAGAAAAUCUUGUCCCGUUACUGUUAGUACACAGAAAGUUGUGUUUGUCAGCCCAUUACAAGAUCAAAGAGAAAAGUGAAACCUAUUUCUACGAAUUAAUAAUGGCAGCUAUAUUUGGUCCGUUUCCAAGAUGCACAGAAAAUAGGAACGAUGUGUCGGUUUAAUACAUGUAGGCAAUUAUCAUGUUGCAGCCAUCUUGGCUUUUCCCAUUCGAAUCAACGUAACCAAAACGAGGCUGGAAGGAAAAUAGUCUGGUUCCUUUUCACGCAAAAUUCAUUAUCCUUCGUUAUGAUUCAGGGAACAUGACUGAAAUGGUGGCAGCACGAUAAAGGUCUAUAAAGAAGGAAUAACUGAAUGCACCCACGCACGUAUUAAAUCUAUACGCUAAAUACCGUUCGUAUGCCCCCCCCCCCCCAGUUCUACCGCCUCCAUAUUUAUUUCAUAAUGCAGUAAUCAUUUGACUUUUUGUUCUAAAGAAGCAAUACAAAAGUUAUUCAUUUUAAAAUGAGGAAUCUUGCGAAGAAAUCCGACCAAUGUUCGUUACUUACAAGUAGGCCUACAUUUAAUUUUGAAUUACGUGUUUUGGCGGCCGACAACAAUUCCCAAGACACAUCUACCCAUAAUACACAAACUUUAUUUGGUGGUGGGGGUGGAGGGGGGUUAU